AUGUCCGAUAACCAUAUAGUUUCCAAGUAUAAGUUAAUCUGCGAUACGUAUAGGAUUAGACGAAGUCUAACCGAUCAGCCUACGUCAAAUGUCCCUCUUUGGUUAUUUAGAAUUUUCUGUCGAGAAAUCAGAGACAUAGAUGUUUUUGAUUUGAAAAUCGUUAUAAUUGCCAGAAAUAUUGGGUUAACAAAAAAAUUGUACCCAACUUCUUAUUCACGAGCCAUAUCUCGAAGGAUCUGGCGAAGACUAAGUACAGACGAACGGGCUGUCUACUUAGAGCUUGCGAAAAAGGAGAAUAACCGCAGAUCGAUACGCAGCAGAAGAAUACACGAAUUUGAAAAGAUGAGUCAGGCAAUGACAUCAAAUGAGAUGAUGAAUUUUUGCGGGAGCCACGCCUUCAACGAGUGUCCUGAUGUAGUUCCGGCAGUUCCAGAAAAUAAUAUACUUACUG